AUGACCUCUCGAAUGUCGACGGUCGGUUCGUUGUUGGCGACGACAGGGAUUGGGAAAGCGGACUUUGGGAGUGUUUCGGCAGAGGGUGAGAUCAGAGGGUUGGCAGACCACGUGGCCAAUCCACCGCCAACCAAUCUCUCUUUCCUCCAACCUACUCCAACCCGCUACAAGAUGUCCGUCUCCCUCAAUCCUCCUAACACCCUGGGCUUCAGAAGACCUUUGACCCAGCUCGUCAAGCGUUCCCUGACCAUUACCAACCACAAUGCCCAACCAAUCGCCUUCAAGGUCAAAACCACAGCUCCAAAGUUGUACUGCGUACGACCCAAUUCUGGACGAGUUGAGCCCGGGGAGAGUCUGGAGGUUGCUGUUAUGCUCCAAGCUAUGAAGGAAGAGCCACCCCUCAACACAAAAUGCAAAGACAAGUUCCUCAUCCAGAGCACUAUCAUCACUCAGGACAAGGAAACCAUGGCUCUCCAGGACAUCUGGGCAAAUACCGAUGCAAAUGAAGAAGGCAAAGUGUAUCAGCAGAAACUACGUGUAGCAUAUCUACCGCCGGAGGGCCAGACCCUUGAGGAAGAAGACGAAACUGCGCACGCGAACCAAUCGUCCUUUAUCAACCCCAGCGAUGUCACGUUCGACACUGUCCGCCAGCAACCCCCCGCCAACGGUCACCAGCCUAUUCCCCCCUUUGCUGCUCCUCCGCCGCCCCAAGAACCGCCUCGACCCUCGACCCCACCGGCUGUCGACUAUUCGGUUGCACGCGAGGAAUCACAGGACCACACCCAGCCUCAAUUCAACAACAUUCCGGUUGUCAACGAGCCAUCCCACCGUGCACCCACACCUCCGCCCGCCGUGCCCCAAGUCGCUGCUGUCCCUCCUCCGCAACCCCCUGUCCAGGUCGAGCAUGCGCCACAACCGGUUCGGGCGGCGGCCCCCGUUCCUGUCCCUCCCCCUGCUCCCGCCCGUGCACCCUCUCCGGUCAUCAUCACCCAAGAAAACCCCAUCAACGAGCAACUGGUUGUGGAGAACGAGGAGCUACGGGGUCAGAUCGAGAGCCUGAAGCACGAAUUGGCAUUGCAAAGGGCCGAGAACCAGGAGGCUCAGCAAGCCGUUUCCGAGCUCCGAAGACGAAGACGCUCCUCCAUUGGCGACAGUGGGUCGGACGUCCGCACCGCGGUCGACGAGCCUAACAUCCACCAAGACGGUGUACCACUGAACGUGGUCGUCCUCAUCUCCUUCACCGUCUUCUUCAUGACGUACAUCUUCUUCUAA